AAUCAUUACUGAUGUAUUACUGCUCUUAUUCUUAAAAAGAUACUUGCAAUUGUCCGGUAGCUACCGUUCCUUUCACUCCAGGCUGAACGGUGACACUCAUGGCAGCAGAAAAGCAAAGCCUGGCACAGUUUGAGGACUUUCCCCCCUCAAAUAGACGACAUUUCGAUGCAGCUAGACAGGGUCAACUAGGUCCUGGACUUGCACCGCUCGAUGAGGUCAAGCUCCCCGUGGCCAUCGCGCGCUCCCGAGCCGCACACGACUCUGCUGAACCGCAAGAGCCUCAGGGCGCCUCCGUAGAUGCAGCAGCUGCCGGCGAGCCCAUGAUGAGCUCUUACCAAGCCAUGCAGGCGGGGUUGACACUAGAACAGAAAAAGUGGACCGGAAAGCGCAUCAUCACGCCUCCAGGGUCUCACCCGGCGCCGCUAGGGUUCGGCGCGGCCACAUCAGCAGCCGGGCCAAAGGUUGAACCGCCGACAACGCUGCUGCUCGGCACCACCAAGCAGAGCCCUCACAUGCCCGGGUACUGCGGCUACAUACCCAAGUCGGCAUCAGCAGCGGACCCCGCCCCCACUCGCUCGCUAGACAAGUCGCUAAUUAUCGAGAACUAUAAACCGUACGGCUCCGGCUACACGGGACGCAAGGGGUAAUGAACACGGAGUGAAGCACUGUGGCAUUCCAAGUCGUGUGGAGGCACGGGCACGGAUGGGAGGUCAGGGCCGCUACUGGGCGCUGCAGGCCCCAGCGGGAGAGGCGUGCAGCCGCCCUACCACCAAGCUUGUGCUUGCGUGGUUCGGUUCUAAGCGGGACAACUGGCGAGGGGUCUGACAGCAACAGUAAGUACGGCGAGGUUGGUGAGAGAGUGUACGGAAUGGCAGAAAGUGUAGAGUACAAGUGGGGAUCGCUACAGGUGAUGCAGCGUGCGAGCGUGGCUGUGGGGAUAGGACUGGUGUGGGGCGGCGGUGAUUAGCGGGACUUCAGCAUGAGAACGGCACUGCUUUUAUGUCGCAUUUUGUACAUGCGUAGUUGCGACACCUGGUUUCAGAGAGCUAAGCGGUAGGACAGGUAGAUGGGAGGACAGGCGGGCGGGACCGUGAGCUAUGAGCUACGCGGGUGCAGGCAAGGGGGGCAGUGUUGAGACGUGAUUCAUACGGUCAGGUGCCUAGAUCAGGUCAGGUCAGGGAGCGGUAUUGCGUAGGGCUGCGAUCACUUUCGUUCCUCCUAGUUAGUGGUGUUUGCAUUGCCUGAUUAGGUAGCCCUCUAUCUGCGGUAGUAUUGUUGGCGCUGGGAGAAUUGUUUGCCGCGUUUGUUUACCUGCCUAUACCUGCCUUUACACCGCAUCGUACCUUCGCCUUUGUACUGCUCGAAAGCUGGA